AUGUUGAAUUCAGUAGUCAGUAACAGUUUGGAAUAUUUCUUCGGCUCGAGUGCAGAAAGUUUGCUUUCUUUCUUGUUCUUUUUAAUUUCGAUAGCUUCGGCCAGCCAAGAUAGUAAUUCGUCUGAAAAAAUAUCUAACGACGCUGCUGUGCGUGGUGAACAAGAACGAAAAGAUUUUUGUGUGGCCAAUUCGUUCCCCACCAGCUGUUCCGAGUCAUUGAAGAGCACCAAACUCUGGAUCCGUGUGCCCGAGUACAGUGAAACCCCCUUUCAGGUGGCCUGCGAUCAACGGAGUUAUGAUGGAGGCUGGACAAUUAUUCUGAGGCGAAGCGAUGGAAGCGAGAACUUCUACCGCGAAUGGAAGGACUACAAACACGGAUUUGGCCAGCUGAACAACGAAUUCUUCUUGGGCCUAGAUAAAAUUCAUGCUAUGACCUCAUCAGAGCCCCAUGAACUACUAGUACUCGUGACUUCCUUGGGCAGCAAGCAAUCUUACGAACUAUAUGACGAUUUUAAAGUUGGCCCCGAGAGUACCAAUUACACUUUGCAAUCUUUGGGCUUAGAUUCUGGAAACGCCGGUGAUGGUCUCGCUUAUCAUCUGGGCAUGCAGUUUAGCACUAAGGAUCGGAAGAAUGAUGUUUCCAACGUAAACUGUGCUUCAAGAUAUGAAGGUGCUUGGUGGUACAAUGAUUGCCAUGAGAGCAAUUUGUGUGGCAAAUAUGGCGAUCUGAGGACAUCAACACUAAAAUGGUUAAGUGAUGUCCUAAGACGUGCAGUAAUGAUGAUCAGGCCAAAAGCGUCUUCCCUUAAAUGCUCUUAAGUGUGCACAAUAGACAAAAACUUGUAAUGUUAUAAAAUA